AUGCGCUCUCUCACCCUCUUGGCCACCUUGCUGGCCCUUCUGGCCGGCCUUUACAACUAUUUCGACUCGCGUCUCGAGCAAUUCUACAUCUUCGAACCGAGCCAGUUGCAUGAUCUCUCUCAGCGUGCAAUUGCAGCCCACGGAAAUGAUACCCGCGCCGUUGUAAAUUACAUUGUCUCGGAACUAGAUGAGAAGAUCCCCGGAAACCACCUAAACAAGGAAGAGGAAUGGGUGUUCAACAACGCCGGCGGUGCUAUGGGUGCCAUGUAUAUUAUUCAUGCUAGUACCGCAAUUGGCACCGAAGGCCACACUGGCCGACACACCGCGGAUGAUUACUUCAACAUCCUCCAGGGUACCCAGCUCGCCUAUGUCCCUGGAUCCUACGAACCCGAGGUCUAUCCUCAGGGUAGCGUCCACCACCUGCGCCGUGGCGAGGUGAAACAAUACAAGAUGGAUGCCUCUUGCUUCGCGCUGGAAUAUGCUCGUGGCUGGAUCCCUCCCAUGCUCUUCUUUGGAUACGCGGAUACCUUCUCCAGCACUCUGGAUUUCCCUACCCUGUGGGCUACUUCUAGAAUCACAGGCCGGGAGAUGAUUGCCAACUUGUUCAAGGGGAAGAUCACAUCCCUCUUCUACCCGGGCGAACGAGUCGCCAUCGGGGCCAGCGGCGGAAAAGACAGCACUGUCCUCGCCUCCGUCCUGAAAACUCUCAACGAACGCUACAACUACGGACUCCAGCUAUGCCUACUCUCCAUCGACGAAGGAAUCAAAGGCUACCGCGACGACAGUCUGGAGACAGUCAAGCGCAACGCAGAGCAGUAUGACAUGCCGCUGGAGAUUGUCGGAUACGACGAGUUAUACGGAUGGACCAUGGACCAGGUCGUGGCACAGGUGGGCAAGAAAGGCAACUGUACGUACUGCGGGGUGUUCCGACGUCAGGCGCUCGAUCGGGGAGCGGCGCGGUUGGGCAUCAAGCAUGUUGUUACGGGGCAUAAUGCGGAUGAUGUCGCGGAGACAGUUAUGAUGAACUUAUUGCGUGGGGAUCUGCCGCGGCUGUCGAGGGGUACGAGUAUCGUUACGGAUUCAGCUGCGUCGGAUAUUAAGCGCAGUAAGCCUCUGAAGUAUGCUUAUGAGAAGGAGAUUGUGCUUUAUGCGCAUCAUAAGCAGUUGGACUAUUUCAGUACCGAGUGUAUCUACUCGCCUGAGGCGUUUCGGGGUAGUGCGCGGACGCUGAUCAAGGAUUUGGAAAAGAUUCGGCCCAGUUCGAUUUUGGAUAUUGUGAAGAGUGGUGAGGAUAUGGCGGAGCUUGUUCCUGUGGAGGUUAAGGGGGCUUCGCGUGCUAGGGCCGCGGAGGAUGAAUCGGCUGGUGGAUGUGGGAGUCAGAAUGGUCGGACUCGUGGCGGCGAGAUGGCGGAAAUGGAAAUGAAAUUGGCUGAGGAUGACGCGGCGGAGUCGAGAGAAACAGAGAUCAAAUUACCGGCGCCGAGUGUUCCCCGUCCUCGCAAACAGCAGGCUAAGGGAAAUAAGGGCUCGACGCAGAAGGUCAUCAAGACACAAAAGAUGGGCCUGUGUGAGCGAUGCGGAUAUAUUUCGAGCCAAAAGGUGUGCAAGGCGUGCGCACUGCUCGAAGGAUUGAAUAGGAAUCGGCCCAAGACUGCGAUCGAGGUGGGCGUGGGUUUAGAAGAUGAGGAGAGCAGUAGCACGCUGAUGCGACAGAUGGAACGAGUCCAACUGGGUGGCUGA